UGGGAACUAACGGGGAAGCCUGAAGUUUCCACGAGACUCGCUCUACGGCACAAACUCUCGUUCCACGGAACCAUCUCUCUCUCUCUCUCUCUUGGCCUCUACGAGCACUGAGAUAUAGAGAGAGACAAAAAGAGAACGAAGAGGAAGAGAAAAGAGCAAAAAUAAAUAACCCAAAAAAAGAAAAACUGAUAUACAGACAUCAGAGAGGACAUCGUCUUUUGGCUCUUUUUGGAUUUAAAUCGAAAGCUGCUGUGAAAAUCAAUCUCAAAUAUCUGUCACCAGAGAGAAGAAAGAAGGUGGUGCUGUUGGUCGCCGGAGACUCUCGCUUUUGGACCAAAUGUCGGCAAUUGAGAACAGCAGAGACCUUGCCGGCUUGACUUUGAACGAUGUGUUGAGCUCUGAGAAGCAGCCAACGGUGGAGGUUUCUCAUACGCCGGCUCUGAUGAACAGAACUCUUUUGGAUAUAAUUCGCGACGAAGAGCCUGAUUCCUUGUUUGGCCAUAAGGACAAGAAGACCUGGAAAGCAUUCAGAGACCGCCUUCGCCUGAAGCGUGCCGGUUCUGCUUGGAUCUCCUCUGUCCCUAUCCCCGCCUCUGAUAUUCCUAUCCGGAAUAACAACAGUUUUAGCAACACUGUAAAUAACCCAAGGUCCUUGAUGUCCCGCCGCAAUUCGGUGCGUUUCACAAACGUCUCGGGCGAGUCAACUCAGGCCGAUGACUCCAAUGAUCACUCGGCCGUUUCGAGUUACAGACCGCAAAUGUCUCGCCGGACUUCCUCCCGGUUCAGUUCACUGACACCGUCCGAGUCUACCCGGUUAGAUGAAUCGUCUAGGAACGCUCACGCGGUGGGAGAUGAGCUUCCUUCACGAAGUUUCAGGCCGCAAAUGUCGAGGCACAAUUCAACUCGGACCUCUGACUUACACCUAGACAGCGAAGAAGAGCCGGGGCGUGAAGGUAGCCGCCGACUAGGAGCGGCAUUGGCGGAGGAGAGAGUGUUGUCGGCGAGGGAGGCAGUAGCGGCUCAGGAAGCGGCGGAGGCGGAGGCAGCUGCUCAAGCAGCAGCGGCUGAGGAAGAGGCAGAGGAGGAAGCCAGUGGUGCGACAGGUGAAGGUGCGGCGGAGGCGCAGCCAGUGAGGAUGUCAUUAAUGGACUUGUUAGAGGAGACAGAUAGGCAAAUGGGAUUUGAGGGGUCCAGAUACAUAAUGGGAGAUGAGGAUGAGGAAUGCGAAGAAGAAGAUGAUGAUGAAGAUGGAGCGGACGGUGGUGAUGGGAUAGAGCACACGUGCUGCGUGUGCAUGGUUAGGCAUAAAGGUGCGGCAUUUAUCCCCUGCGGCCACACCUUUUGCAGAUUAUGUUCAAGAGAACUUUGGGUCCAAAGGGGUAAUUGUCCUCUAUGCAAUGGGUUCAUUUUAGAAAUUCUUGAUAUUUUUUAGGUUUUUUUUUUCCUUUUUAAUUUCCAGUGUUAGUUAUAAUCACAAGAAAUUUCAAAUUCAUGUAAACAUCCUUUUUCUUUCC